AUGACCCCGCAGGCCGGGCCGGAGCCCGGGCGCCGUGCCCCGCGGGCGGCCCUCGCUCGCUUCCUGGAGGCGCAGCGGCCGGCUCGCUCUCGGCUGGCGCGACCUUUACUCCCGCGGCGGCGGCGCAGGAGUGGCGGCCGGGCGGGCGGGGGAGGCGGCGGCGCGGCGCCGCUCCCGGCUCAGGUAUGGGAGGCGGCGCGGGCAAGGAGAAGCGGCCCAGGAGGGAGAGGGCGGGCGCGCGUCCGAGCGGGCAGCCGGUGCGCCGCCACCGCCUUUGAGCCCUGCCAGAGCCCGGCCCGCCGCGCCCUCCCGCGCCCCCGCCGCGCCCCCGCCGCGCCCCCGCCGCGCCCCCGCCGCGCCCCCGCCGCGCCCCCGCCGCGCCCCCGCCGCAGCGGGGUCCUCGGGGCCGGGGGCGGGGCCGCGCGAGGCGCGGGCGCCGACCGCCCCCUGCUGGACGCCGGGCGCGCGCGCAGGGACAGGUGCGCGCCGAACGCCGGCAGCUGCCGCGCCGCUCUCUCUACUGGCGCCUGCUGUGCCCUGGAAAGCUGGGCGGGGAUCCAGUGCAGACCAGAAAAAAGGGGGGUGGAGCAGUACCAGAAAUUGGGCAAGAGGCGUAAACAGGAGUGA